UCCUUAUUAAUUCAAGGAGCCUUAAAUAUGUCCCAUUCCUCUUAAGGGUGUUCUAGCUAAACCUGGCUCAGCACUGUAUGUAUCUGGCCAUGGACAUGAUGCCCUGUCUUAUCUAUCUGCUUCUGCCUCCGUCCGAGUGGUUGAGCCAGCUGAGGUGCCAGCUGCUAAAAUAACUGGAGCGCAGUUGGCUGUUUCUCUUCAUCCAUCAGACCUUCAGAUUUUGACUGCUGUUAAUGACUUUACCUCAGGUUGGUUAUGGUUGCUCUACAGCAUGAGGCUGGUUCAGAUUAGAAUUGAAUUUCAACUUUGUCUAUGCAGGAUCAAGUUUGGAUGCUUCUAUGCAGUCCCUGCCAGAGGAAGAACCACUCAUUUCUGAGGACAACUGGCCUGUUGCUGAGUAUGCAGAUGACAUUCAUAAACACCUGCGAGAAAGUGAAUUGAGAUAUAGGUCAAAGCCUGGUUAUAUGAGCAAGCAGCCAGACAUCACCAACUGUAUGAGGGUCAUCCUUGUUGACUGGUUGGUUGAAGUUGCUGAGGAAUACAGGCUAUGCUCUGAGACCAUCUAUCUGGCAGUGAAUUACUUGGACCGCUUUCUCUCCUGCAUGUCUGUUCUCAGAGCAAAACUGCAACUUGUGGGGACUGCUGCAAUCCUACUGGCUGCGAAAUAUGAAGAGAUCUAUCCUCCAGAGGUGGAUGAAUUUGUCUACAUCACUGAUGACACCUACACCAAGAAGCAGCUCCUGCGUAUGGAGCACCUUAUGCUCAAAGUGCUGUCCUUUGACAUGACUGCACCAACAAGUCACCAGUUUUUGAUUCAGUACCUUUUGGCAGGAGCUGUCUGUGUUAAAACUGCAAAUCUUGCUUUGUAUGUUUCAGAACUGAGCUUGCUUGAAGUGGACCCCUUUCUCAAGUAUCUUCCAUCCAUGAUUGCUGCUGCAGCUUAUUGUUUGGCAAACUACACUAUCAACAGAACCCUAUGGCCUGAUUCUCUGUAUGCCUUUACUGGCUACAUUCUGGAAGAGAUUGCACCAUGUCUAAUUCAGCUCCAUCGGCUUCACUUGGCUGCAAGUAGUCUGCCCCAGCAGGCGAUCUGUGAAAAGUAUAAGAGUGCAAAGUACUGCAGUGUAUCCCUGAUUAAACCAGUGGAGACUUUGCCACUGUACUGAUGUCCAGUCAAUCCAAGAAGACCAAUAAACUGCAGCGCUUACUCCUCCAUAUGUAAAUACUGCAUGAACCGUCAAGAUUUUUAAACCUACUUGAUUUUUUUUUUUUUUUUUUUAAAAAGUUUUUCUUAAAUGUGAUUUUUAUCAUAGUGAGCAAUAAAAUGUUGCAACUUGUUACCUUUAGUUAAGGUGUAUAAUUGGACAUGGGCCUGGAUUCCUCUGUACAGACAUUGGGUACAGCCUGUUUAUCUAUUACCACCCCCAGGACUGGUCAUGCAGACUCAAUCAUGGACUCUCAGACUACCUUUUCUCUUGUUUUUAAAUAAAUGGAACAAGUUGCCAUACCUGUAGGGUUUUUUUUUUUUUUUUUUUUUUUUUUUAAUUUGUUUCUAAAAGCCUCUAAACUUUACUUCCCCCCCCCCCCCCCUUCAAAACCUAAAGGAUUCUAGUUUUGUAAAUGACUAUGAAUUACGGAGGGUAAAAUAAAAGCAAUGAAUGCUAUUUGUUAAAAUCUAGAGUCUGUCUACAACAGGGGUUCCUUUUUGCUUUACCAGUAUACUUUUAGUUUGCAUAAUUUUAGAAUGUGUGGCCAGCAAAUUCGCUAUAGCUAGCUGAUGUUACCAGGUGGUUAUCACAAGCUAUAAUUACUGGUGUAUUAAUGGAAUUAUUUACCUACUAUUUUCCCCAACUUUAACAAUGCUUGUUGAGCUUUGACACCGUACACUUUAAGUUGGUGUAGCUUAAUGAUCAAUUGUUUAAAACUGCCUAGAUUUGUUAAACUGAAACUAGCAGUUAUCUGCUAGAUCACUUCCUCAGUCCUAUUAACAUCUAUAUUUGUAAAAGUGAU